UUUUUUUUGUGUUGUUGUUGUUGUUGUUGUAAGUUGUUAUUGUGUGAGUCUAAUGCAAGGAUCCGAAUUGAAUGUGAGACGGUGAUAGGGCCUGGUAUGGAUUAUCUCAUCCCUCGAUUCCACCACCACCGCCAUCACCACGACAAAUCUCGUUCUGCCAUCCACGCGGAGCGCAACGAGGCAAACAAUAAUUGCGGAGAAAAGGAAAAGCCAGAGACCCAAAUCAUCAUGCACGAAACCAGUCCAGAAUGAUGUCAGCAGCUACCAGUUGAGGAGGUGUCCAUGUUACACGUCUAUCCCUUGACUAUCCAUCUCAUUAUCAAUAAUGACGAGGGGCCAGUAAAAGAACGAAAGGCCAUCACAGUCGGUAUGACUUCAUCGUUGCAGGGCUACAGAUGACUUUCGGUCUUCAGCCGUCGACCGUUAGAGUAUAGGUCAGAAAGAUAAGCAACAAUAUUUGCAGACCUAUCAGACCGGAGUGCAGAUUCCUCGACAUCUUCAUGUAUAUUUUCUUUUUCUCGUUUCUGUGUGUGCUCCCCCUUGCGGAGGGCAUACUGAAUUGGGACCCAUUAUUAAGACUGCUCUUAUUGUGUCUGGGGUACAGAAUGCAAGUCAGUUUUGCAAAGUGUCUACCAACGAUGAUCGUAAUCUUAAAAGGAAUUCCUUAUUUUGUUUCUCGGGGUUUAAGUGCGGUGUUACUGUGGAGGUGGUCUUCCCUUUUUGUUGUUCUGUUUGUCUAUUUUCAAUUUGUUUCAUUUAUUUAAUUAUUUAUUUUUGUUGAAAUAGUUAGAUUUGGAUGUUCAUGUCUGCCGAGAUUUGAAGAUCGGGAGAAUUUAUUAUUAGUAUAUCAAUUUGGUUACUAAGUAUGGGUAUAUCUGCAACCGGAGAAACUUGAGGAGGAUCAUAAUUACGGAAACUUGUGUAUAAUUCUGAUUCUCAUCGUCGUCAUGGCCGAGCAUCAAGUUCCGCCGAGCCAAUGAACAAAUCUCCGACUCAUCCAUUAGUCCAAGCUGCUUCCAGGUGGCUUCCUGAAUUUUCAGGUUCGCGCCUCGAAGUGCGUCGAAGGAGG